AUGAGUGAUGAUGUAUCUUGGGCAAUUAAGACACUUAGGGGUGAGCAUACUACUUGUGGCAGACUUGAGGAGAACCCCAUGGUUACGUCUAAGUGGCUUUGCAACAAGUUGGCUGAUGAGGUUAGGGGGAACCCAGACAUUCCAGUUGAGUCCCUACAAAAAGUCUGCAUGAAUAGGUAUAGGUUGAGGGUGAAAAGAAGGUUGUUGUAUAAGGUGAGGAGCAUGGCAAGGGUGGAGCUGUAUGGGGGCUUUGAUGAGGCAUAUGGGCUGCUUCCUAGGUAUGCUGAGAUCAUUAAGGAAACAAACCCAGGGAGUUAUGCCCUCAUCAGCUGGACAGGGGACACAUCCCAAAGUCAGCCCAAAUUUAAGAGUUGCGUCAUUGCCUUCAGUGCACAGAUUAAGGGCUUCAUUAGGGGGUGCAGGUCCAUUAUUGGGAUAGAUGGAGCACAUCUCAGUGGAGGAUACAAGGGGGUUAUGUUGACAGCAGUUAGCAUAGAUGGCAACAAUGAACUUUUUGUCAUUGCCUAUGCUAUUGUGCCAACUGAGAGCAUUGACUCUUGGUGCUACUUCUUCAGCAAUCUCAAACUGAUAUUCCAGCAAGAAGGGUGCAAGAGGACUGACUGGACCUUCAUCAGUGAUAGGAUGAGGGGUGUUGAGUCAGCACUUUCUGAUGUUUUUCCUCAGGCAGCAAGGAGAAUUUGUUGCCAACAUCUCUACAGCAACUGCAAGAAUGAAGGCUUCACAGUUGAUGCUUACAACCAAUAUGUGUACACUAAGGCUAUGGAGAAGAUAGCCAAGUACAAUCCCAAAGAUGUUGAGUACUUGGAGAAGUGUACUGAGCAAUGGAGCAGAGCAUUCUUUGACAGUGGUGUUUGUUGUGAUCACAGCACCACAAAUUUUGUGGAAUCUUUCAAUGCCUGCACUAAGCCUUACAGGGACUUACCUGUGAUCACCCUGCUUGAAGAAAUAAGAAUAUGGUGCAUGAAGAGGAUGGGGGAAAGGUUUGAUAAAGCUGUGGACAUACGUCCUACUGAUCUCAGAGACUAUGCAAAGAGGAUAUUAGAAACAAGGAGUGAUGAGUCAAGGUUCUGCUAUGCCACAUCAUGUGGAGGUGGUGAGUAUGAGGGGGCAGCAUACAAGCUCACAUAUGGGGAUCAUAUCCACCCUAUGCCUGACCCCACUCAAUGGCCUGACUUCAACCUCCCUCAAAUUGCACCACCUGAUAUCAAGAGACCACCUGGCAGACCUGUGAAGCAAAGAAGGAGAGGGCCUAAUGAAGCUAAGAAAGGGAAGAGGCACAACUCAGUUAGGUGCAAAAAAUGCAAGGAAGUGGGCCACAACUCCAGAACCUGUGGGACUGAUAAUGGGAAGGGGAAAGGGUCCAAGAGAAAGGCAGAUGGAGCUUCCACCAGUCAAGCAGCACCUAAGAGAGCCAAGAAGACUUCCAGGGCAGAUGGAGCUUCCACCAGUGAAGCAGCACCUAAGAGAGGCAAGAAGUGA